AUGGUAUGCGAAGGAAAGCGAUCAGCCUCUUGUCCUUGUUUCUUCCUCCUGACGGCCAAGUUCUACUGGAUCCUCACAAUGAUGCAAAGAACUCACAGCCAGGAGUAUGCCCAUUCUAUACGAGUGGAUGGGGACAUCAUUUUGGGCGGUCUCUUCCCUGUCCAUGCAAAGGGAGAGAGAGGGGUGCCUUGUGGGGAGCUGAAGAAGGAAAAGGGGAUCCACAGACUGGAGGCCAUGCUUUAUGCAAUCGACCAGAUUAAUAAGGACCCUGAUCUCCUCUCCAAUAUCACUCUGGGUGUCCGGAUCCUCGACACGUGCUCCAGGGACACCUAUGCUCUGGAGCAGUCGCUAACAUUCGUGCAGGCAUUGAUAGAGAAAGAUGCUUCCGAUGUGAAGUGUGCUAAUGGGGAUCCACCCAUUUUCACUAAGCCUGACAAGAUUUCUGGAGUCAUAGGUGCUGCAGCAAGCUCCGUGUCCAUCAUGGUUGCUAACAUUUUAAGACUAUUUAAGAUACCUCAAAUCAGCUAUGCAUCUACAGCCCCAGAGCUAAGUGAUAACACCAGGUAUGACUUCUUCUCUCGAGUGGUCCCACCUGACUCCUACCAAGCGCAAGCCAUGGUGGAUAUUGUGAUGGAACUGAAGUGGAAUUAUGUGUCAACACUGGCUUCUGAGGGCAACUAUGGAGAGAGUGGUGUGGAGGCCUUCACUCAGAUCUCGAGGGAGAUUGGUAGUGUUUGCAUUGCUCAAUCACAGAAAAUCCCACGUGAACCACGACCUGGAGAAUUUGAAAAAAUUAUCAAACGCCUGCUAGAAACACCUAAUGCUCGGGCAGUGAUUAUGUUUGCCAAUGAAGAUGACAUCAGGAGGAUAUUAGAAGCAGCAAAAAAAUUAAACCAAAGUGGGCAUUUUCUCUGGAUUGGCUCAGAUAGUUGGGGAUCCAAAAUAGCACCAGUUUAUCAGCAGGAGGAGAUUGCUGAAGGGGCUGUGACGAUUUUGCCCAAAAGAACAUCAAUUGAUGGGUUUGAUCGAUACUUUCGAAGCCGAACUCUUGCCAAUAAUCGAAGAAAUGUGUGGUUUGCAGAAUUUUGGGAGGAGAAUUUUGGAUGCAAAUUAGGAUCACAUGGAAAAAGAAACAGUCAUAUAAAGAAAUGCACAGGGCUGGAGCGAAUUGCGCGGGAUUCAUCUUACGAACAGGAAGGAAAGGUCCAGUUUGUAAUUGACGCCGUAUAUUCCAUGGCUUACGCCUUGCACAACAUGCACAAAGAUCUCUGCCCCGGAUACAUUGGCCUUUGCCCACGAAUGAGUACCGUUGAUGGAAAGAAAUUGAAGAACAUAUUGAGAAGUGUUAAUAUUGAAGGUAGUGCUGGGACACCCGUCGUUUUUAAUGAAAAUGGAGAUGCUCCUGGACGCUAUGAUAUCUUCCAGUAUCAAAUAACCAACAAAAGUCCAGAAUACAAAGUCAUUGGGCAUUGGACCAAUCAGCUCCAUAUAAAAGUGGAAGACAUGCAGUGGGCUAAUAAAGAACACACUCAACCCGCGUCUGUCUGCAGCCUGCCAUGUAAGCCUGGGGAGAGGAAGAAAAUGGUGAAGGGAGUCCCUUGCUGCUGGCACUGUGAGCGCUGUGAAGGUUACAACUACCAGGUGGAUGAGUUCUCCUGUGAACUUUGCCCUUUGGAUCAGAGACCAAACAUCAACCGCACAGGCUGCCAGCUUAUCCCCAUCAUCAAACUCGAGUGGCAUUCUCCCUGGGCUGUGGUGCCUGUGUUCGUUGCAAUUUUGGGCAUCAUUGCCACCACUUUUGUGAUUGUGACCUUUGUCCGCAAUAAUGACACACCUAUUGUGAGGGCUUCGGGACGAGAACUUAGUUAUGUGCUCCUAACAGGGAUUUUCCUCUGUUAUUCGAUCACCUUUUUAAUGAUUGCGGCACCAGAUACAAUCAUAUGCUCCUUCCGACGGGUCUUCCUGGGACUAGGCAUGUGUUUCAGUUAUGCAGCUCUUCUCACCAAAACAAACCGAAUCCACCGAAUAUUUGAGCAGGGGAAGAAAUCUGUCACGGCACCCAAGUUUAUUAGCCCAGCAUCCCAGCUGGUGAUCACCUUCAGCCUCAUCUCCAUCCAGCUGCUGGGAGUGUGUGUCUGGUUUGUUGUGGACCCUCCACACAUCAUCAUUGACUAUGGAGAACAGCGGACUCUAGACCCGGAGAACGCCAGGGGAGUGCUCAAGUGUGACAUUUCUGACCUCUCACUCAUUUGUUCCCUGGGGUACAGUAUCCUGCUAAUGGUCACUUGUACUGUGUAUGCCAUUAAAACGAGAGGUGUUCCAGAGACUUUCAAUGAAGCCAAACCUAUCGGAUUUACCAUGUAUACCACCUGCAUCAUUUGGUUAGCCUUCAUUCCCAUCUUUUUUGGUACAGCACAGUCAGCAGAAAAGAUGUACAUCCAGACAACAACACUUACUGUCUCCAUGAGUUUAAGUGCUUCGGUGUCUCUGGGCAUGCUCUAUAUGCCCAAGGUUUAUAUUAUAAUUUUUCAUCCAGAGCAGAAUGUUCAAAAACGCAAGAGGAGCUUCAAGGCUGUGGUGACAGCUGCCACCAUGCAAAGCAAACUGAUCCAAAAAGGAAAUGACAGACCAAAUGGCGAGGUGAAAAGUGAACUCUGUGAGAGUCUUGAAACCAACACUUCCUCUACCAAGACAACAUAUAUCAGCUACAGCAAUCAUUCAAUCUGA